AUGAGUUCAACUCUUCAGUUCCUUUCUGCGUCCGUCGUCGCCCGAGGCGCAACAUUUGCGGGGUUACUGCUUUCAGCGGCUACUGCAACACCUUUUGCAAACAAUCCAGUCACCAUUGUUGAAAGCUCCACCUCUUUAUCACACGACAGUCCGGCGUUCAGUGGAAUCGCUGCUGGGUUUGAUGAGAGCGUUCUUACCUACACGGUAGUAGAGUACACGUUUAGUUCGGAAGAAAGCUCCAACAGCAGUUCCAACACCACAAAUGCAACUACCGUAUCCCCCGAUGGCGAUACGAGCACGACGUCCACGACACAAUCGCAGUCGUCGGCUUCGACCAAGCAGUCAGCAGAUUUCGAGAGCUCCAUCAUUGGAGUUGAACCCGUUUUGGCUACUGUGCACGAUCGCAAACUCGAAGCAAGCACAUCGGAUCUUGAGAAACUCGAAAACUACUUCCAGGUGCCUUUGGAGCUCAACGUGAACAAAUUAGCUCUAAGUGCAGCGUACCACGUCAUGCCAUGGCCCAGUAGUUAUUGGGCCAUGUAUUUGGACAGUAUCAACUACCGCUGGAGCACUGACAAUGGACCUAGUGCGACGAAGAAGUACGCCACUGCUUUUGGCAUCGAUCCGAGUGCCAUGGUGUCAAGCGUGUCGCAGUCCACGGGUGUGAUAUCAAAGACGUCCUUGAACACAUCGUGCUUGACGGAUGGGGACUGUCUUCAAAAAGGGGACGGUAGAGUCUGCGUUCGACUUGGUGGAGAGACGCAAGGCUUGUGCAUUCCGACCUGGUUUGGCAUUUGUCACGCCUGGGCACCGGCAUCCUUGCUCGAGCCGGAGCCGAAUUGUGCAGUUGAGUACAACGGAGUGACGUUUCAGCCGAUGGACAUCAAAGCUUUGCUGACUGAAGUCUACGAUGGAGCAAAAAUCGCCACGGUUUUCACAGGUGCCAGGUUCUUCAACCCUGCCGGUGCGGAUACCACUGACAAGUAUGGCCGCUUUACGGAUGCUUCACGACGUGAUCUUGGUCCAGGCUUCAUGCACGUUGCGCUAGCUAAUACCAUCGGCCGCUUCAAUGCGUCCGUGGUAUUGGACGUCUCAGCUGGUGCUGAGGUCUGGAAUCAGCCGGUUUACAGCUACGAGGUGCUGACUAAGACGGAGCUGACUCCGAGCGAUGCUGCCAGUCAAUACUUUGGUGAGCCAGCGUACCCUUUUAACCGCGAUGCCAAGCGCAUGAUGUACGUUGAGACAAGAGUAUCUUGGAUGAAGGAAACUUUUGAGAAUGGAGGGCUCGUGGUAUCGGGUCGUGCCCCGACCUACAUGGAAGGCAAAGUCUACAAAUACUUGCUCGAACUUGACGACGCGUACAACAUCCUUGGCGGAGAGUGGGUAGGCGAGUCAAUGGCAGACCAUCCGGAUUUUCUCUGGCUACCUAAGGCUCGCCCCGACAUUAGUACUGUCACAGAGAUAGGGCUCAGCUAUCGGAACGUCCGGACAUUGCUUGACAUGGCAACUUCUUGCUCGUAG